UGAAAUACAUUUUUGCUGAGUAACUUUCGAAGCUGAAAUGAUUAGGUCCUUAUCGAUUACUCAUAUCUAAAAACAACGGUAAUCAAAUUUCGAUAUCGGAAAAACAUAUAUAAAUACCUAAUAUUAAAACUCUUUCUCAUAGUGACAAAAGUUUUAUUAACUAUAGCAAAAUGUCUUACGAAUUUAAAGGAGAUUUGGAAAACAUAAGUCAGCGGCAAAAAGAAUUUAUCAGCGAAGUGCUAAGAAAACAAAACUACACAGGAACAGAAGUGAUUGUUGAAAAUAUCGGCAAGAAAGGAGAUAAUUAUGGCUCUCAAGUAAAAAGAAUCAAAGUAAUAUUUGAUAAUGGCAAAGAGUUUAGAAUGAUAGCGAAGAUAUUACCAGAUUCAAUGAAAGUGGAAAAUCAAAUGAAUUCAUACGAUAUUUUUACUAAUGAAGCAAUCUUAUUCAAUGAAGUAUUACCAAAGUUUAAAGAGAUGCAAUUAAAGUAUGAUUUACCUGAAGAAGAAAUAUUCAAAUAUCCAAUAUGUUACGGUACUUUGAUGGAGAGAAUGAAUGAAACGAUAUUAUUAGAAGAUCUUGUUAUGUCAAAUUUCACCAUGUUGGAUAAAACUAAACCAUUGUAUAAUGAAACAGUUAAACUUGUGCUUAAAGAUGUAGCAAAAUUUCAUGCAAUGUCAUACGUAUUGAGAAACCAGGAACCACAAAUGUUGGACAAACUUUUACAGUCGUUGGUUAAUCCAAUGUUCGAUCCAAAGAAUAUGGCACAAUCGCAGGUAUUUUUCGAAAAAGCAGCAAGUGAUGUGGUAGCAAUAUGUGAUAAUAGUAAAUAUAAGAAUAUUGUUGUUAACAUAUUGCAGAAUUUAAUGACACCCUGGUUGAAAUUGUUCCUGUGUGACAAAGGCUCGAAAUACAGUGUUAUUCAACACGGUGAUUUGUGGACUAAUAAUAUUAUGUUUCAGAUUCAGAAUAACCAACCAGCUAGUUGCGUAUUUCUGGAUUAUCAAAUGUCUCGUGACAGUCUCCCAGUUUCUGAUAUCCAUAACUUUAUAUUUAAUUGCACAGACUAUGAAACGAGAUCGAAGCACUAUCACGAAUGGAUGGAUUACUAUCAUUCAGAAUUGGACAGAUAUUUAAAUUAUUUCGGUCUCAAAGCUAACUAUAUUUAUCCUAGAGAUAAAUUGGAUGCUGAUUUGAAUAGAUACGGCAAAGUAUAUUUAGGUAUAUCAUUUUUUGUAUUAAAUAUUACAUUGAGAGAAGCACAAGAAGCGGGAACUUUGGUAAUUGAAGAUAACGAAGACGGAACAGAACAAAUACCAAUGUUCAAAAUGGGAACACUUAUGGAGACAACUAAAGAAGCUAUAAAGUGUCGUAUCGAAGGACUUAUUGAUAGUUGUUUCGAUUUGGGAUAUAUGAACAAAAAUCUACUUUCUAUAGAACCUUUAAAUUAAAUCUUAAUUUUAUUACUA